AGAAGCCGCUGUUGAUCAGACUACUGAUCCUGUUAAUGAGCGAAUAGUGGGGCUGUUGUAGUUUGUUGAUUAGCGCGCGCGAUAGGUAGGUGCUCAGUGCUACAGUCACAUAUAAAAGCAGUCGGCAAAAUAACGCGCCGCAGUUAGAAGAAAGCUAGGUCAUAAGACAGGUGUGUCGUGGCAUUGGCGAACUUACUGUUUCUGUGUACACUAUUAAAACGUACAUUGAUCUCUUCUUCAACGCUCUGACCCGCAUUUGCGAAACAAUUACGAGGAGAAAUAAAGAUUACCAACACAAACUGCCAACAAUUGGUUACCAGAAACGUUGAUUGUGAUAGCUGUACCAAGUGCCUUCCUAGUGGUAGUUUAUAAUUACGUAUCUAUAUCUGUUUAAGUGACUAAACUGAAAAAAAAAAACAAAAACAAGACUGACUUCCGUUUCAAUUAAUAUUUCACUGUGAUAGUAGUACGUACUUAUUUUAUUAAAGAAGAAGAAGAACAAAAAUGCCUGAACCAACAGACGAAGUAACCGAGAUCGCCGACCAAGUCGGUGACUUAACGCUCCCGUCAUCUCCGACGCCGAAUAUAUUAGAAAAUCGCGGCAGCAUUUCAUCAGUGGAUAGUGACGUCUCCUUUUCUUUUGACGAACACAAGGAAGAUAAAGAAAAUCCAGCAGAAAAUGAGGACGAAGGAGCCCACAUGGCCGACAUGUCGGACAGUGCUUCGGACAGCGGAUCCCGCGAUGGCGGCGGCAAAGAUUCCGGCUGCGAAGUUACACCCGAAAUAACCGAACCACCCUUCACGCCGCCCUCAGACGAAUUGGCGGACAAAAUUGUAGCCCAGGUUGAGUUUUACUUUUCCGAUUCGAACAUCACAAAAGACGCGUUCUUGCUCAAACAUGUGAAAAGAAACAAGGAAGGGUACGUUUCUCUCAAACUCAUAUCUAGUUUUAAGAGGGUGAAACAUUUGACGAAAGACUGGAGGGUUGUAGCACAUGCACUGUCGCGUUCCACAAAACUAGAGAUAAACGAAGCCGGUACAAAACUUCGAAGAAAGGACCCGCUUCCCCAGUACGAUGAAACCACCCCUUCGCGUACCAUCGUUGCUGUUCACAUGCCCUUGGAUAAAGUUACUAUAGAAAACGUUGCCGAUCUUUUUAAAUCGUGCGGCGAAAUCUCUUUAAUCCGGGUACUGAGGCCGGGCAACCCAAUUCCCGCAGACGUCCGACAAUUCAUUAACAAGAACCCUUCACUCAACGGACUUACAUGUGCUUUAGUUGAAUUUGUUAACUCAGAAUCGGCGAGAAAUGCCAUGAAACUGCAAGAAACCCAUGGAGAACCGAUGAAGGUCUACGAAUUAAACGGUGUUCCGAACACCGAUCGUAAGAAGAAAUCCAACAAGAAUAACAAAAAGGAUAAAGAAACUAAAUCAAAAGAAAAAGAUUUCUUUUCGUCCUGUCCGAGCAGUUCCGAGGCUGAAGAUUUCAGGAUAAGAAUCGACCCUCGACUCCAGAUACGAAGAGGAUCGGGAAAUUUUCCUCAACGAACCAUCGAGCCAGCAGCAUGGUUACAAAGACGGUUAUCGGCAUCCAGUACUGAAGCACACUUCAUGUACAUGACCCGGAGAAAAUCUUACGGCAGUAAAGAUUCAAGUGACUCCGCCCUCUUCAUUCCUAGAAGAUUUAGCAACAGUAGCUUAUCGAGCACAGACUGUUCAACCAACGCUUUCUUUCAAAGGAGAAUGUCUACGACAAGCCAGUCUUCCGAAUCGAGUGGACCCAGAUCGAGAAGUAACAGCGCUCAAUUUCACCUACCAGAAAAUAUUUUACGAAUGCCGCAAGGUCCUGAUGGUUCAAAGGGAUUUCGACCACGGUUGCAACCAAUCAGCAACUAAUAACAUUUCAUGAAGCAUUUUUUGUUUCGAAAAGAAUCAGUUCAUUGAAACAACAACAGAGGCAGGUCGUCAGUUAAUAACGAAAGGUAAUCGUAGCGUUAUUAUAUGGAGUCGAAGAACCGUCACUAGUCCGUACAACGCCUCUUGUCUGACCUACAUACAUCGGCUGAAAGCACGUGCUUGAACAUACCAUAUGUAUCUUGUUACUUUCACCUAAAUUCUGCGGUCAAUCGGUUCAAAUAACUACAUAAGUAUACAUGAAUAAAUCUGUACCAACGGUUUUCGUAUUGAUGAAUGGCAGGACCGAAAACUUUCCAUCGAAUAAUGCGCCUAAUCGCGCAUCCACCGUUUCCGCUUUCUCCACGCUAAACAUUAGAAAAAGCGAUUCCGCUAUGGUCCACUUAAUAGGAUAAGUUGCUUUCUUUCGCAUAGAAAGCCUUUCUUUUCGGCGACGAACGUAAAAGGCAGAUCUACAUACAUGUUAAUUAGUUCCAUUAACAGAGUAGACUAAACUGAAAUUCGCAUUCCCGUUACUUUCUAUUUUACUAAAAAUUUAAAAGUGUUUUUUGAAUUUUUAGAUAAAAGACCUGUUCACAGUUAUUAUGUCAUUGAGAGGUUAUUAUACCAAUUCUUAUUUGUUUUCCUUCCUUUGUGAGAAGUAUUUGUUAGUUGUUGAGUAGAAUAAGUAAAAUAAUCCUAAGUUAGGGUACGUUUAAGGAUUUAAAUGAAAUGGA